GCACGAAAUGUGUCCCACUGAAAUCAAAUUUGUAGGGACAAUGUGAGGGAUUGGGUGAAGUGGAAGUUUAGGAUGAGAGUGGGUGACUCCAAAUGAUUGGAAUGGAAGUGAAAGAGAAGAAGACCUUGACUUUUAAAAUUAAAAUUUUUAGUUAGUAUCUAUUUAUUACAUUUUAAUUAUAAAUAACUCCUAUGUUUAAUUAUUAUUAAUGAUGGUAUAUUACUUUGAGCAAUACAAAUACAUUUCUAAAUAAUUGUAAAAUUAAAUAAUAGUUCGGAAAAAUUGUAUAAGGAAGUUGUAAUAAUUUUUAUAUUUCAAGAGAAGACUAUGUUGAUGUUGUUUUCUAUAAAAACUUUGAUGGAGAAUAAAAAUUUUUAAAGAAUAUAAAUAAAAAUGAUGGUUGAUAGUUUCGAUAAGUAAGUUUUUAAACUUAUCAGUCCAAUAUACUAGAAAUUAAAACACCUGAAAAUAAAUUCAAGCCAACAUUAAUAGGUAUCUUAAUUUCAUGCUUUAUUGAAGUUCAUUGAAUUAUGUAUAAAUUAGUAUAAUGAUUUAUUUUAUUUUUUUAUUAAAUUUAAAACAACACCAAUCAUUUCAAAGCUUUAUUAUAACCUAGUCUAUUAACCUAUAAAAUGUAGUCUUGGGUAGAUAUUUUUUAAUUUUUAUUAAUUUGGAUUCAUCAGUUUAAAUCUACAUCAUACUUACAUUAUCAAUUGUUAGAUCAUACUCAAAAUGUGGCAGAUCAUCAUAUAACGAUACUAAAGACAGUUUCCCAUCAAUUUUUACUUCAACAAUGGAGUUGAGCAGUUUUUUGUUUUUCUGGUUAUUUUUUUGUUGCAUUAUAAAACAUUUAAUAGGUAAACACCUACUUACAUUGUGUUACGUAGUAUACAUUCUAGGAUUAGUGAAUUAAUAUACUAAUAAAAUUAAAUAAAUAGUAAAUAAUAAUUAUAGGGUACCAAAUAACUAAAUAAAGCAAAGAAAUAGAGUAUUUUUAAAUCAAAAUAUUAUAUGUCAAAUCAUAUCAUAAGAAUUUUCAGCGGGACUGCGUUGAUUACGGAUGUUCCGCUAGCAAUAUUUGAUAAGAGAGCCCAGUGGUUUUCAAAAUGCGUGAAAAUAGAAUUAAAGGCGUUAGAUAUGCAACAAUGUACGAUGUGAGGUGCAAAGAAAAUAUUUUUUUAAAUAGUAGCUUAACAUCAUAGUAAUCAGCUGAAAUAGGCUUUUUCGAUCCUCGAUUAUGAAUAGACGUUUAUGAAUUUGAAAAAAUUUUAUUUUAUCAAGAUAUUUCGUCUUCUUCUUCUUCUUGUCGUGUCGAUCUUCAUAUUCCCUUCCCUUCCCAGUAAGCAGCAAUUUGUAUUGCCUUAUCUGAAAUUUCAUGUGUCAAAAAUUCUUCCUUGCUACACUCAAUCGGUAGUAGUGGGCAUGCAAACAAAUGGUCUACAUCCUGCUCCCCACCACAUUCGCAUUUUCCAUCCUCUUUUAUCCCCCAUUUUUCCAUAUUACUCGCUGUCCUUCCAGUUUCGGUUCUUAACCUAUUUAGCGUCUUCCAUAUUGACCAUGGUAGAUGACUUCCGGGUGGUAAUCUUUCCUUUGGAUCCUUCCAUAGCUGUGCGCUAUGCCCUUUCAUUCCUUCCUUCCAUAAGUCUAUUCUUGUCACUUCAGGUGUUUGUGAUAGGCUAAUUGUUGUCUUCAAAAAGUUUUUCCUCGAUUUAAGUCGACUCCCCGUGAAUUUACCUUCAUAUANGUCUGAUUCUUGUUUUGUUUUCUCUACUCUUGCUGCCACCUCCCGCCUUAUGUUAGGAAGUGCUAUCCCGCAUAAUACUUGUACUUUUUGAACUGGGGUUGGUCUCAAGCACCCCGUAAUUAUUCUAUUAGUUACAUUUAGUGCCACAUCUACCUUCUUGGCAUGUGCUGAGUUUUUCCAUGCAGCACAAGCAUAUUCACCCGUCGAGUAGCAUAAUGAUAAGGCUGUCGUUCUUAGGACAUGAGGGUCUGCGCCCCAUUGAGAGCCAACCAGUUUCUGAAGUAAACAGUUUCUUGUUCCUAUUUUUUUUUUUGUGUUUUCACAAUGACUUCUAUAUGUCAGGGCUCGAUCAAGUUUAAUGCCUAAGUAUUUUGGUUCGUCGCAGUGCUCUAAUUCUGUGCCUUGCCAAUUUAUUCUCAAUUUCCGCUUAGCAUCUCUAUUUCGUAAGUAAGAUAUUUCGUGAAAUCUAUUUUCAGACAGUGUACUCCACUAAGGGUUUCUCCGGCCAAAACAUCUCUAAACAUUCGGUGGUAAACGGAAGAUAGUAACUAAGACAGAUAAUACAUUAUCUUAUCUAAGAUAAUAUAUUAUUUUAUUAGCACGGUUUAAGAUAAGGAAUAUCUUAAAUCAUGGAAAUAGGUUAUGAUACCAACAGAUGUAUAUAAAUUGUAUACAUUAUAGUUUUUAUUACAGAUAUAUAUAAAUAUAUCUGUGAUAACACCAUAGAGAGGGCAUUCCGUCCAUCUCAUUGAACUAUAAGAACUAUAUUAUCUUGUAGUUCAAUGGUCCAUCUUCGCUUACACUCUCACAAUAUAUCGAGUAUAAUAGAUAUAGGGAUGGCUAAGGUGACCAGAUGUCCUCUUUUUAUGGAUGUAAUUGUUCGUCUGGGUACUUUUUUUAAAAAUGUCAAAAUGUCUAUUUUUACAUGUAUCUGGUUUUUCUAUAUUAUAGGUUCACCUUAAUAGGGUAUGUAAGUAAUACAAAUUCUGAUUAUGGGUUUACGAUAUUGUGAUAAGAUUUAUAAGAACCUUGCUUAUUACCACAAUUUAAGACAUAUCUUACACCGUGAUUAGUAUUAUUAUUAGAACCAUUCAAACAGAAUAUUUUAUAUUUUAUGGACUAUGCUAAGUGCUGACUGCUGAGUAACAACUAUCAAUACUUUCCUAUGGUAUAAUAUAACCAUGUUUAAAUUAGAUAUAUAGCCAAUAGAUAUAUUUAGUAGUUAACUUUUUAUGCUAACAUGCUACCACACUUAUUAUGUUUUAAUCAACAAACUGAGUGUAAUAACUAAUAGUGAAAAAUGCAUGAUUAUAAUGUAUAUUAUUGAUAAUUUUAGUGUAUCCAAAAAAUACAUUAAUAGUUAUAUAAUGCCAGUUGUGUGUAGUGUGAGUUGUGACUUAGGGUUGCACAGUAGACCCGAAGACCAAGCUGAAAAAAAAGGUCAUUAGCAUAAACCUUGAACAAAUUUAAUGUAUAACAAUAAUCAAUAAAUCGUAUUUUAUCUCAUAUUUUAGCGAAUAAAAAAUAUUGUUUUCGUUGCUUAUUGAUAAACUAUAUACAUUAUUAUACUAUAGUACUAAUAAUAUUACGAUGACUUAGAGAAUAAUUCACUGAACCUAUAGCCCAUAGAUUUAUAGUAAAACCGGAGUAUCUAGGUGAAACCUGGAGAGGUGACAACCCUAAUUACAUGAUAUUUUAACUUCGCUGAUAUAUUUGAGUUGUAUAAAAAUAAACAAAUGCUUCAGUUUGAAUUUUUAAUUUGUUAAUAGCUUUAUUUGAAAUUUCUUUUAAAGUUUUUUCAGUUUAGAAACAAUUAUGGAGGAUAUCUUCAGAUUGAUUUAUUAAACUACCUUUAUUACCUCUCUUAUUUUUUAAUGUAAUAAUGGAGUUUGAAAAAUAGUAUUUUUAAGCUGAACAUAAAGUAUCUUUGCAUAUAUUACAUUUAAGAGUAUUAUUAGUGAGUUUAUGAACUCAAAAUCAUGAUACUAAUAUUUCUAUUAUUUUUGCUUUAUAAGCCUUUUAGGAUCUUAGCAGCUUCAAUUAAACUUCUCCAAUCUUCUUGAUUUUUUUGAGUUUCCAAUUUUUUAGAUUCAUCAAUGUCUCUAAUAUCAUUCAUGACCCUGUCCAAUCAUCGCCUUUCACGUGGCUGUUUUCCAUAUAAGAUUCUUAUCAGCACAAUCUUAAUAAUUUUGUUGUCUGCUCGUCAUAUAUGCCCAGCAAAUUCAAAGCCUUUUGGCAUACAAUGUAUUUUUGAUACUUGGUUUGUUCUAUAUAAACCCUGAUGGAUACAUAGAUUAUAAUUUUUUUUGUUAACUUACAAAAAAUAAUCACUAAUCACUUUGACAACCAAUAUAAUCAUGAUCCAUAAUGAAUGCAUUUACAUCUAUUAAAUUUUCAUCUUGACUCACUUUAUCAGAAAUACAACCAUGGAUAUUUUUAUUUAAUACGUUAACUGAAACGGUACUUGAAAUAUCUUCAAUACAAUUUUCUGUAUUCAAAUUGUGUACAUCAUUAGCUCGAAUUACUAAUUUCUGGUAGGUUUGAUCAUCAAUAAUUGUUGUUAAAUUGGCAAUUUUUUUAUUUUGACGUUUAAGAACUUGUUGAAGACUCCUCAGCUUUUCAUUUUGUAUUUUGAUUUCCCUUGAUAGCUGAUGAAUACCAUGUUCCAAGAACAUUCGACGUGAUGUAUCAUCAUUAGACACUUCACUGGCGGCAAUGAAUGAGGUUUCUAUUGUUUCUAUUUUGUUUGUCAUUGGUAUGAUAGAACUGGUUGUACAAGAAGUAUUUGAUGUAAUAGGUUCAUUCAAAAGUGACACUCCAUCAACUUUUAAAUCACUUUUGGAAAUCUAAAAAUUACAAUUUAAAUGAAAGAAAGAACUUUAAAUAACCCAAUGUAACAUUAAAAAAACUCACCUUAACUAAUUUUCUGUUAAAACUUAAAGCAUUUUUUGUUGAAGAGGUACUGCCAAUUGAAUUACUGACAGAAUCAAUUUCCACAUCUUGAGUAAGAGCCAUUAAUGUUUCCGGGUAAAUUUGUUUUGCCUAAAAUAAUUUAUAUUAUGUAGAGUAUAUAAAAAAAAAAUAUUGGUUUAUUUAUUAGUAGUUAAUUAUUUAUUGGUUAGGUUAAUUGGAAAUACAUACUUACAUAUUUUAUUCUACCGACAAUUAUGGAUGGAACAGCGUGUUUCUGUAAUAAUUUUCUUUUUUUAUUGUGUAAUAUAAAACAACAUUUAUCAAAAUGUAACGAACACACUAAGCUGGUCUUAAUCACAUUUUCAGGAUUUAAAGCAUUUACUAGUAAAAAGUUGUUCCAUUUUACUCUCGUAGAUUCUUUCGCCGGAAAUCUGAAAUAAACAUGAAUUUAAAAGGUUUUUAUUUUAUUAGUUUUUAAAGAAUUAUUGUUAAAAAAGAAUUACAGAUUUAAAAAGUAUACCUGUGAAAAGUAAUACCGGUAGCUUUAGCUAUUGCAUUAUCUGAUCUCCCACAAACUAUACAGCUAGGCAUUUUUAUUCUUUAAGAAUAAAGUUAAAAUGAAAUUAAAAUAAUCUUUAAAACAAAAUUUGAAUUAAAUUAAUUGUCAGUAAUCGCAAACGUAUUAUCAUUUAUCACAUCUAUAUAAUAUAAUAUUGUACUAUAUGCUAUACAGUAUUUUUUUAAUAAAAAGUGGUGAACCUGUAAUUUAUAUAACAAUUGUGCUUCAACCAUAGACAUUAGCUCACAACUCUAUAUUGCAUAAAAAAAUAAAGUACCUAGAUAGCAAACUCGUAUCUAUUAUUGAAGUCUGGAGUUGAAGAAAAAGGAUAGUGAAUUAUUGAUAUUUAAUGGUUGUAAUUCUUAUUAUUACUUAAGUCCAUUAUGAGAUAAUAAACAUAAAAUCGAAAUAAAAAUCGAUAAUACUUACAUCGAUGUCGAUUAUAUCCUAUUUUGCAAUCAUUUUUGCCUAACUUGUAAAUGGUUGAAAAUUUUAAAUUGUUAUCAAGCUAGUAUAUAGAGUUUGCUACCUAGUUAUUUUAUAUAUCUAUGCUAUAUUGUACUAUGUUAUCGAAUUAUUACUCUAUAUAAUACAUAAUGGCUAAUAGAUAAUACACACUUGUGUAUUAUCUAAGUAUGAUACCUAGCAACACAGUUUAAUUUUAAAUAAUCUUAUACCAUGAUCUUGGAAGAAAAAGAUUUUGUUUUUGAGUUUGUUAUUUAUUUGGUUGUAUAGGAAGUACGAAACGAAUUAUAGAUAAAAUAUUGAAGACCGGUAUGAGUUGAAUUUUAUGUAUUGUAAGCAUGUUCAAAAAAGUUAAAUUCACUAUUUUACUUAUUUUAAUAUGGUAGAUAAAAGGUAAUAUACCACUAACUAGCAAAUGUGUUGGACUAAUAGAAUCUUAUGUUUACCUUAAAUUCUAAUUUGUAUAAUUUUUAAUAUGUUGUGACAUGAUUAAAUUUUAAAAUCCUGUGAAUAAUCCUAUUCGUGGAUUAACUGUUUAACGUUUUUGUGUUUACCAUUUAGGUAUUAAUAAUUGUCAACAUCUAUGAUUUAAUAUUCCAAAAAUGACCAUUUCUUCUUUAAACAUUUAUAUUAAAGAUCAAAUUAAGUUUUCUUGAUGAAUCGUUGGUCAAUAAAUUACAUUGAGUAUAGUAAUUUCAUUAAUUCUGUUAUAAAUAUUGAUUUAUAAACCUACCUAUAAAUUAUAUUUUUAUUUUUAAUCAUGAGGUAAGAAUUAUUUAAAAUAAAUAAAAAUAAAAGGUUUAAUAUUAUGUUAUACUAAGUUAAUUUUAUAGGACAUCUUCAGGAUUUCAAUCAAAAAACAAUUUAGUAAAAGACGCCAUUCAAUUAACAAUUUCUGUUAAAAGAAUGAAACACCAUUUCAUUUGGGGCACUAUCAAUGCCUUAAUAUUAUCAAUGCUCGUAUAUGAUUUGUAAGUCAUUAUUUUAUUUAGAUAUUAAAAUUGAAUAUAAAUUUAAACCUAGAUUUUGACUUUUUUCUUGAUAUAAAUAUGAAAGUAAAAUCUGUUAAAAGUAAGUCAUUUUUUUUUUUUUAAAAUAGUUAAAAUUAAUUUAAUUUAAUAUAAAACUAAUAAAAUUAUAAUAUAUGUUGGUUUCUUAAUUUUCUAAUUUAGAAAUUGUUGAAAUAAAAUAACGUAAUUUAGAAUAAAUGUUAAAAGUUAGAUUUUGUUUUGUAAUUUAAAAUUUAUAUUUGAAAACUUGUAACUCAAUUAUUGGUUAUAAUUAAUUAAUUAAAUUGAAUAGAUCAUUUAAUUAAAUGUUUGAAAUAUUAACUUUAAUUUAUUGCCAUUAAGAAGUUGUUUAUAAUCAAUUAUCUAAAUAAACAAUGUAUAAAAAUUAACAAAAUAAGAAAUAAAAUAAUACAUACUAUUAUUAAUAGACACCUAUAGAUUAUACAAAUAUUAAUAUCAAAAGAGCCAUUUACUUUAAAUUAUUAUUAUAUUAUUAGACAUAGACCCCUAUUGUUCAUCAAAUAAUUGGCUGCUAGCACUGAAAAGUUUUUUGAUGUGAGUAACUAAAGGAAUACUUAUAUUAUACUUGACGCCUGGUAUAUUAAAAGAAAAAUGUAUAUGUAAGGAGUAACGGAUUUGGGAGGGACCUUUCAAACAAAUUACUGCUAAGCAGAAAAAAAAAAAAUUUAUUUUGCGUAUUAUUUAUUAUUUAGUUAACAACUUUUAUUAAUUUUACAUUUAGUUUAUCAACGAGCCUCUAUAAUAUCAUUCUAUUUAAAAUAAGAUUAUGAUAUGAAAUAUUUAUUGAAAUUGAAAUUUCAAUAGAUUUAUUUUUUUCUUGUCAAUUUACUUAAAUUAUAAUUUGAUUAUAUUAUUUUCAUUCAAUUUAAAGAGAUUUUUUAAAAACAUAAAUAAAUCAUAUUAUCAAAAAUUUAAUAUGAUUCAAAUAUGAAAACUAAAUUGUAUAUUUUGAAUCGUUGAACAAAAUAAAACAGAAUGUUACCUAAUGCCCAUCAUACUAUUGUAGAAUAUUGAUUUUUUUCUGUAAUUUGUAUGUAGGCAUAAUACUCUUUUAUUAAUUAUUACUUGUUAACUGAUUUAUUGUCAUUUGCAAAUAAUAAUAACACAUUAAGGGAGCUGUGAAAAAUACUUUUUUUUUUUAGAUUAGUCUUGCCAUAUUCUUGGUAUACUCCAUGGUGGCGGUUAGUUGAAUCUACGUUAUCAGUAAUAAUAUUAUCCAGUCUUCUAUAUCAUUUAUUGCUACUUACAAAAUUAUGGAUGACAACUAAUACCUUACACUUAGGACCAGAACAAUUUCAGACACUUGGAUUUUCAAACUGUAUGCAUAUAAUUUUGUUUAUUUAUAUGACAUUAAUUAAUUUUCUGUUUUUUAGCUUAUAUGAAAAUUAAAUCACCAGAUGUAUCAUCAAAUACAGUAACACCACCUGUGACUACAAGUACCCCAAUUAACUGGAUUUCAAACAAACAAAAAAUUCGAAAGUUUAAAAUUUCACCUGGUGAGAUAUUAAUUUUGGAUUGAAUUGUGUGAUUUAAAUCAAUGUUUAUUUCAUUAUAAUAUAUUAUAUACAGUCAUACCAGGUUUAUCAAAAUACAUUAUGAUGUGUAUUUAGAUUAAAAAAUAAGUCAACUUUAUAAAUUAGUUUAAACAAAUAGGUAUGUUUUAAAUUAGCAGAGUUAAAGUGUUCUAAUCUUAUUUAAUGAUCACAAACCUUACAAAAACAUUAUGUAUUAUUUUUACAAUAUAUACAUAAAUAUUUCAAAAACAAAGUAUGUAUCAUUUUAUUCCAACUUAGUCUUUGAACAUUAAGCUCCCUGGAGAUAAUAAAUUAAUAUUUCAUAAUCAUAUAUUUUAUAAUAAUUUUGAUAGAUAAUAAAAUUAUAUUUUUAAUUGUAUGCUUAUUUUAUUAUUUUUAGAUAAUUUUGGACCAGAACGACAAAAUAGAAAUGGAAUUAUUAAAUACAUGACUAAUUCUGCAGAUGAUACUAUAGAAGACUUAUCAGCCUUAGAACAAUAUCUAAAAGAUUAUGACAGUAAAAAUAGCUUUUCUGUGACAGGUAAUCAAUAUUUUUUAUUAUUUUUUUUACUGUUUAGUAUUCAAUAUAAACAAGUCAUAUGGCAAUGUGUCCAAGAGUUAUAAUUAAAUUAAAUAAAUGCAAUAUAUUAUGCAGCAAAAAAUAUGUAUUUUCAAUUCACUUUUGUUUUAUAUACAUUUUGGUUAAUUGGCAAGCAAAAAUGUAAAAUAAGCUGAUCUAUUUGAGUAAUAAUUAUUAAAUUAUGUUUUUGUAAAUAUCAUUAAUACAUCUUUGAAUAGUAUACACUAACUAAAUUGAUAUUAUCCUUUUAUUACUUUUUCUACUUUAAUUUUGUAAUUUAUUUCCAUUUUCUAAAUAAUAAGAGCAUCCAAUUCUAGUUUCUUUAAAUAUUUAAUUAUUUACUGUAUCUAUUAAAUUUUAAAAUGGUAGAACGUGAAUGUGAACAAAGAAGUAUGUCACUAUGGGAUCGUUCAGGUUGUUCAAACACAUCUGUUUCUUCAAUGCUUCAAAAUUCCAUAUACCAAAUUGCAUCAUCACGUAAGUUUAUAAAGUGGUAAUAAUCUAUAACCUAAUAAUACAUUGUUAUUUUUAUUUUAGCGGAACAAUCAAAAUCUGAUUUAAAUGAGAGUAGUUCUACUGUAGCAAUGGCUUCAGAAGUAUGGCGUAAGUUUAAAAUUGAUAGUAAUGUUGUUGAAAAGUGGUCUGUUAAUUUAAGAGUUGUAAGUUAAACUAGUCAUAUAAGAUUUAUUUUAGUUAUAUUUAUAAUAAAUAUAAUGCAUUUUCAUAGUGGAUUUCUCAAACAAUUGUAUCUCGAUUAAUAAAAGAAAUAGAAAAUGUUGAUCGUGCUUUAUAUAAUCAAGGAUUUGUUGAUGUAUCAAUUGGAAAUGUUGGUUUAGAAAGGCUAAAAAAAACAGCACAUACUGUACAAGUCGCACAAACUAUACCAAGUUUAUUGUACAUUAUUCCGUAUCUUGAAAUAUCUUCAAAUCAAGAAUACAUAGUUCAACGUAUUAAAGGUAAACAAAUUAAUAUAAUUCUAUGAUUCAGUUCAGUUUUUUGUUAGAAUUAUUGUUUUAGAAUUAGCUAAAGGACCUUGUUUAACUGAGUAUCGGUGGAAUUCUGGUGGAACAUUUAAAGGGAAAGAAUGGAAUAAUGAAUUACCAUCUGAUGCAGUUGUAAGAACUUUCUAUAUUAUGUAAACUCAUGUGUUUAAUUAUUUAUAAAUUAUUUUAUACAUUUUAGUUAGUAAUGCAUUUAUUGGCUACAUAUUUAGACUCUCAACUAUCACCAUUAACUCGUUUAAAAGGAAAAAAUCCAUUUUCUGUUCAACAUCUAAUUAAAUAUCCAGAAAAAGUAAAACAAGUUGAUAAGCAAGUUAUUAUCUAUCAACAAUCAAAUAUUCCACCUCAUUUUUGUUUAAAAAUUGGCAAAGAAACGUAUAAUUUUCCAAAAGUAAUUAAUUUCCACAAUUAAAUAAUUUCAUACAAUUUUAAUAUUUACUUUUAACAUAAACACAAUUUUUAAUCUUACAAAAUGAUUAUAUUUUUAUGUAUUCUCUAAUUACAAAAAUGUAUUAGUAAAUGUAUAUUUUUUUUAACAUUGUUUCAGGGUCGUAAUAAUUUUUUCUACACUGUUUUAUUGUUCCUCCAUUACAUCAAAACUACUGAAAAUGGAUUGGUGGAGAGUGUUAAUCUUGGAAAAUCUGGUGUAAAUAUGCUCUGGAUUAUUGAGUAAACUUAAUUGUAUUAUUAAUCCACUUUUAUUUUUUAAAUAUCUGUAUUAUUAAUUAAUUGAAAUAUUUGAUACUAAAAUUUGUCAGUUUCUUUCAAAUUUCUUAACCACAAUAAACCUUUAUCUGUGUCACCUUUAGGGUUAUACUCCAAACCGAUCCAUUCGCUAUAAUUAAGUUCUUCCAAUAGUUGAAAAAUAUACUUGUAAUCUAUUUCACCUGGAGUAUUUGGUUCAUUACGCUUGGGAACCUGAGCCAAUUGAAUAUGCCCUGUAUAAGGAAGUAAAUUUGAAAUAUUCCGAGUUAAAUCUCCUUUGAUUUGUUGUAAAUGAAAAAUGUCUAAUUGAAGUUUUAAAUUAGGACUGUUUAUUUUGUUUAAAACAUCAAUAGCUUGUUCAUAAGAAUUUAAAUAAUAACCUGGAGCAGAAUAUUUAUUAAUUGGUUCAAUUAAACCUAUAAUACCUUUGGCUUCAAAAAUGUUGGCAGCAUAUGCUAAGUUUUUCAAAUAAGCUUUGUGAUUUGCUUCGGUUGGUUGAGUAACAGUACCUGCCAUUACAUGAAUCUUGGUACAGUUCAAUGCUUGAGCAUAAGAUACAGCUAAAUCAAUAGAUGUACAAAAACGAUUUUCCAUGUUUGGAAUUGCUGCAAAACCGAGUUCAUGUUCUUCCCCUCUGGGUACAUUUAUCAAGAUUUGUUGAACAUUUGCAUCAGUUUUUGCUUGAACCAGUUUAUCCAGAGAAUCUGAGUAUGGAAAAGCACAUUCGACUGAAGAAAAUCCCGAUUUAGCUGCCAAACUAUAUCUCUCUAGAAGACUACUAGUUUCUUGAUACAUAAACGAUAAAUUUGCACAGAAUUUUAAAUUCAUGUUAACAGUAAAAUGUUAAAAUUACUUCUUACAAUUCUAUCAACGUUGUGAUAUUUAAAUAAAAAAGUUAAUUUCUUUAUCGUUAUUAUACUAUAUGAAAGAAUUUGAUCAUUGUUUAUUAAUUAAUUAAAUAAAUAAUAAAUUCCAAUUAUGAAUAUACAGGGCAGGGCGUAACAAUAAAUAAUAACAUUGAAAAAGUAGUAAUUUACUAUCAAUUUAAAAUUAAAUGAUAAGCCUGCUGACUAAUUACCUUGAUAUUUUGAUUCAGCCCACGACCAUAUCAUGUAAUACAUUACUUAAUAAUGCAACCUUUGAACAAUAUUAAAACCAUAAUAUUAAGCAAUAGUAGCUACGCUUAAAUUGAUAACUAUGUUACAAUAUAGUUCCAUGGGAGCGUCAGAGUAAUAUUACAUGCUAUUGAUGGGACAGUGUACUCGUACACUAGUACUGCCCUCUAUCAAUUAUGUAUGACGAUC